GGGACCGAGCGAUUCCACAACCGAGUCACUGCAGUUGGGAGAGUUUCAGCGGACUAAAGACUUUCCAGAGCCGUGCGUCUACAGAGCGCGCACACACACACACAGAGAGAGAGACGUUCUUUAUUGAGAAGUUUCUUUGCGCACUCCGCGACCAAAAAAGAAUCCACCCGGGGACUUUUACUCUGGAGGGCUGCUUAUUUUCACCAUGAGCGCCGGACAGACGUACGAGAAGAAGAUAGCGAGUAUUUUGACCGACCUGCCAGGAUCUAUGAGUUGCCACCCGAGCUCCAAGGACUCCCCGACGCUGCCCGAGUCUUCGGUGACGGACAUGGGCUACUACAGCGGACAGACGUCCCACGGCCACCACGAAUAUUACCAGAGUCAGGCGUACGGACAGCCCAUGAACUCUUACCACCACCAGUUCAAUCUGAACGGAAUGGCAGCAGCCGGAGCGUACGCCACGAAAUCCGAAUACCCAUACACAAAUAGCUACAGACAGUACGGACAUUACAACCGAGAUCACCUGCAGGCCUCUCCUCCGAGCUCAGUGAAAGAAGAGCCAGAGCCUGAGGUCCGAAUGGUGAAUGGAAAACCGAAGAAGAUCCGCAAGCCGAGGACGAUCUACUCCAGCUACCAGCUCGCUGCUCUGCAGAGGCGCUUCCAGAAGGCGCAGUACCUGGCUCUGCCCGAGAGAGCGGAGCUGGCGGCUCAGCUCGGCCUCACCCAGACACAGGUGAAGAUCUGGUUCCAGAACCGGAGGUCCAAGUUCAAGAAGCUGUACAAAAACGGCGAGGUUCCCCUGGAGCACAGUCCCAACGCCAGCGACUCCAUGGCCUGCAACUCCCCGCCCUCCCCUACGGCGUGGGAGAACAGCACCCCUCAGAGCACCCCGAUCAGCAGACCUCAGGUCGCACAGCCGACGCACAGCUCGUCGCCACCAUACCUGGAGGAUUAUAACAACCACUGGUACCAACAGGGAUCACACCUACAGCACCCAGGCACCGUGCACCACCCAGUCCCGCAGCAAAGCGUGGGAGCUGUUUACUAACAAUGACUCCAGAGCAGAUUGAUCUCUUUUUUUCCAAACGAGGUGUCUCCACAAUGACUCUGCAGAGCAAAGGUUUGCUGGACCGGGAGCAGGCCUGAAGUGAAACAUAUGCGUUUGGUUUUGGAUGACCAAGAUUUUUCCAGAACUGGGUUUUCCAUUCACAAAGCACAUGAGGGAUUUCUGGUCACUUGUGGCAGCAUAUUUAACGGAUAUCUGGCGUGGUUUUUAAAUUAUUUAUCGCUUUUUGUUUUAUUUCCUUAACUUCUUUUGUAAAUGAAUAGGCCUAUGCAACGUUGUUUUUUUGUUUUUUUUUAACAAAUAGCCUAACCACAAACCAAAUAAUGACAAAAACUGUGCAGUUGAUCCAUGCUACAGUCAAAUAAUGCAUGCGGGUUUGUAGAUAGCACCUAAAAAAAGAAAACUCAGGUCAUAUUUAUAUGGAUUUGUACAAAACGUCGAAGGUUGUAAAUAUGUGUUUAUAUGCAGAACCACUAUGAUCAUAUUAGUUUGAAACGGAACGACUGCACUGUGGUGCCUCCAAAACCAUUUUUAUAUUCAUGUAAUUAGUCCACUUGUUGCCUUCUUGUCAAUUGAAUAAAGUUGUUAAUUUCA